GGGACCUACGGAAGGGGUUGUGUUAGCCACUGUGCUAGACAUCCACGAUCCACCCGGGACGACCUUCUCCCUUUACACGUACCUUCAUCCAUUGCUCCCAUAAACAAACUAAUUAAGUUUCACUAUAAAACAAACGCCAAACCCACCCAAAUUUACCUUCUGUCGAUAAUAACAUACAAACCAAAUUAAAGUCCCAAGAAAACCCUUCAUUUUCUCAAACACUGUUCCAACAGAUUUCGACAUCAUCACCCACACCAUGUCCAAGAUUCAUCCGGCGGAGAAGAGAUGCCAGGAUUUGUUGUUGGCAGAGAAAGAAAACAAUAAGGUGGAUCGCCAUGGCCAUCGAAAACUAUGCACGCUAACUGUAUGGAAGAGAUCUAGCAUGAGUUUUCAGGGUACUGACGGAUUCACCGUCUUUGACACACAAGGAAAGUUGGUGUUUCGUGUUGAUAAUUAUUCGAGGAAGAAUCGUCAUGUUGGGUCCGGUCUCGUCCUCAUGGACGGAGUUGGCAAUGCUUUGCUCACUUUGAAACCUCAGAUAAUGAGCAUGCAAUACCAAUGGAAUGCUUACAGAGGAGAAUAUGGGUGCGGAACGAAUUCAAAAUUGUUUUCAAUGAGGAGCUCGUCGGUAAUUUUCCACACCGGGAGAGAUGUCUCCGAGAUCUUCAUGGGAGGGCUAACAAGACAAUGUCAGAAUCCAGAUUUCAGGAUCGAGGGAUCAUUCAGGGCUAGAGAUUGCAAAAUCAAGAGUGCCAGUGACGAGGUGGUGGCAAAGAUGUCUAGGAAAAGAGUAAACACUACAGUCUUGCUCAGCGAUGAUGUGUUCAGUCUGGUGGUAAAACCUGGUUUUGACACUCAGCUUAUCAUGGCUUUUGUAGUUGUAUUAGAUCGCAUUAGCAAUAAGCCUUUUACCCCUGUUUUAUGUUCUUAAAAUUUGAUUUGAUUUGUGUGUAUAAACAGGCAGCGAAUGUACAUAGCAGAUCUCAUUCACACAUAUCUAUACCAUAAUACAUUGUUUUGUCGUUUAA